AUGGGUCUGCCACAAGACUACGAAACUACCAACAUGGAUGGCAUGGAUGGAACCCAAGUCACAGUGCCCUUUCCUGCCUCCACAAGGCAAGCCGCAGGCGAAGUGAACGGUGUCAAGACCGAUGUUAUGAGCAUCUCUUUUGCCGACAAAAUCAUGAUCACGAUUACGCAAAACGGCAAACUGUCGCAGUGGGUCACGGUGCCACUCCUGAGCGAUAAUCCAACCCAUUCAGAUCCUUAUUUCCAAACGCACCGCUCUGGAGACGACGCCCUUCUGCCGUCGGCUCGCUUCUCUCCACGAAUCCUGCUUGGCGCUGGUGGCUCCGAUCGCGAGGCAAUGGGCCAGUUGUACACCUCUCAGCUUGCAAAUGCCAUCAUCACUAAGUCUCCAGAGGAGAGUCGUCAACUGAUGUUCGGGCUGGGCCUCGCCAAGGUCGAACUGGAGAGAGACGUCUUUUUGCAGAUCAUUGACCUCGUUCUGUCUGUCCUUUGA